AUGGACGAUAUCCACGCCAAGGCCGAGUUGGGUCGCUAUCGCAUACGCGGCUUUUCGUCUUUCCAGAAAGUCACGCAUUUUGACGACCUGACAUUCCUCUCCACUGGCCUGACCAGAUUUCCGCUGGAGGGCUACAAGGAGCGCUGCAACACUCGCACCGUCAUCGGUGCCCGCAACGCCGAGAACCCGCUGAUUCUGGAGACUCCUAUAUACAUCAGCGGCAUGAGCUACGGAGCCCUUUCAGCCAACGCCAAGGUUGCGCUCGGCAAGGCUGCGGCAAUGGUCGGGUCGGCAAGCUGCACCGGCGACGGCGGUAUGCUGCCGGGGGAGCGGGCCGCCUCAGACAAGCUGAUCUACCAGGUCCUGCCCAGCCGUUACGGAUUCAACCCCCAUCACCUCUUGGACGCCCAGGCUAUAGAGAUCGUCGUUGGACAGGGCGCCAAACCCGGUACCGGCGGCAUGCUGAUGGGUGUCAAAGUGCAGGACGACGUGGCCGAGAUGCGCGACCUGCCUCUUGGUAUCGACCAGCGCAGCCCGGCGCGUCAUCCGGACUGGCUUGGGCCCGAUGAUCUGGCCAUCAAGAUAGAGCAAUUGCGCGAGGCGACAGACUGGCAGGUUCCCGUCCACGUGAAGCUGGGGGCCUGCCGGGUGGACGACGAUGUGAAGCUGGCAGCCAAGGCAGGCGCCGACGCUAUUGUCAUUGACAGCAUGCUUGCGGGGACCGGCGCCUCGGCCGAGGUCCUGCUGGAACACAGCGGCAUUCCCACCGUUCCUGCUAUUGUCAUGGCCCGGGAGGCCCUGCGAGAGCUGGGCCUGUACGGCAAGGUGAGCUUGAUCGCCUCCGGAGGCAUCCGCAGCGGCGCGGACGCCGCCAAGGCCCUCGCCCUUGGGGCCGACGCUGUCGCCAUCGGCCUGGGAGCGUUGAUUGCACUCAACUGCAACAAGGAGAUACCAGAGAGCAAUUUCCAGGAGGAAGUCGGCGUCCCGGCUGGGUACUGCCGCUUCUGCCACACGGGCAAAUGCCCCGUCGGUAUCGCGACCCAGGACCCGUUGCUUAUGGCCAGGCUCGACCCGGACGAGGGCGCGGAACGGGUUGCAAACUUCAUCAACUCCAUGACCAUGGAGAUGACCUUGCUCACCAGGUCGCUGGGUAAGGGAGACGUCCACAGUCUGGAGCCGGAGGACUUGGCGGCCCUGACCCUGGAGGCCUCGGCCAUGGCCCGCGUUCCACUGGUCGGAACCAAUAAGGUAUUCGGCGAGUAG